AAAAUUUAAAAUAAAGUGGUCUGUCUAGGAGCUUUGUAUGUCUUUUAAAAAUCAAAUAUGUCACUCUGAAACAUGUACAAUAACUACUAUAUAACAAGAAAUCUUGUGUAGAGAGUCCUCUCCUGAUAAACAUUUUUAUGCACAUACUCAGGUAUAGGUAAACAAUAAUGCAUUGAAGAAAUGCAUGAAAGAUAUGAAAAAUUAGAAAACUAUUAUUUUUACAACUUUCACAUGUUAAAGCACAAAGGGAAUCAAAACACCCAAAUAAACCAUCCUUCAGCCUAAUUCCCUGCCAUGCUAGCAGAAUGUUAGUGAGACACAGCUGAUCAUUAAUUGACUAACAAUGAAUGUGCCAGGCUGAAAGUAAUAUGGGUCGUAUUGAAAACAUCCUGUCAGAGUUUUCUUCAGGACCAGAGAUGGGAAACACUGAAAUAAAUUAGGAACUGCACUGACAAUCAGAUACUAGGAGGUGCUAGAUCUCUGCAUACCCUUACCUGAAGUAUAAUGUCUAAAAGCUGUAGUGCUCUGUAUAAUAUUCUAUUAAAUCACUGAACUAUUCAUCUGGUACUUUAAUUUACCAGGAUGCAGAGUGUCCUGAGAGUGAUCCUGAUGUACUUAUCUUGGACUCUCACACAACUUCUGGUCACUCUGUUCCAGAGCUUAAGAGAACUGAGAGCAUAUUUCUGACCAAAAAAUCACUAGGCUACACCUCAGAUGACUUGAUUAGCAGUGUAGAAAACAGCGGAGAUGAAUAUGUACCUGAAUCAUCUGAGAGUUCAGAGGAGAAUGACGAGAUCAUUCCAUCCAAAAAAAGGAAAAUUGCUGCCCACUCCAGUACUCUGCCAUCUGAACAUGUGUCAGACACUAACAGCAUGGAUGGAAUCAAGCCCUGCACAACCACAUCACCAACUGAGGGUGAAGCCAAAGAUGAAUCAAAUUAUGACAGUAGCAGUGGGGUGUCUGUCAUGAAGCUCCGGAAGAGCACACAUGGGGAGCAAGUAUAUGUGGCCAGUGAGGUAUCUGAGAGCGAGGAGGAAGAUGAGACAGCACAACUACAAAAGGAACUAUAUCAGCCACCAUCCAUGUCCAUGGGUCUUCCUGAGGAGGUUCCAGAGAAUCACUCUGAGGACAGGAAUUCAAAACAACAAAGGGACACUUCAACUUGCAGAGUGUCUAAACCUGUAAGUUUGGGGAAUAAUGGCUCUGAAAAUAGAAGCCAAAUCAGUGAAGCAGAAAGCUCUACACAACAGCCAAUAUCAGGUCACACAAACACAAAAAGAAAGAAAUGGACACAAGAUGAGGUUAAAGCAGUGGAAGAUAAGUUGAUGGACUACAUUACAUCUGGAAGGGUCCCAGGUAAAAGACAGUGUGAAGAAUGUAUUAGGUCAGCUCCGGAAGCUCUCCGAGAUAGAACCUGGGAAGCCAUUAAAUUUUAUGUCAAGAACCGGAUUGUGGCGCUUCAACGGGAGAGUAAGAAAAGAUGAAAAGAUGUAGUGUAGAUUUGAGGACUGAAUUUCUCUUUUUUUUUUUAAAUAUUUACAGUGAUAAUUAUCUCCCUGUUUUUUUUGUCCUUCCAAAGGUAUCUAAAGGGGAGGUUUUUUUUUUUUU